GUUUUCCAGCUCGGGGGUGUUCCUACUCUGGUGGCCCUGCUGAGAAGCGGCAAUCCUCAGGUGUGCCAGGUUGCUGCUGGAGCUCUGAGGAACCUGGUGUUCCAGAACCAAAGUAACAAACUGGAGGUUCAGCGUUGUGGUGGGAUAGCGAAGGCCCUUCAGCUGCUAAAGGAAACAGAUUCUACUGAGACCCAGAAACAAAUUACCGGCCUGCUGUGGAACCUGUCCUCUGCCGACGAGCUGAAGGAAGAGCUUGCAGCUACAGCACUGCCCGCCCUAACUCAACAUGUGGUGGUGCCGUACACAAGCUUGUCAGACACCGGUCCGAGUAGCUACAUCGACCCCUCUGUCUUCAACUGUGCCACAGGGUGCCUGCGGAACUUGAGCUCUGGUCGGGGUGGACAGAGGCAGGCGAUGAGAAGCUGUCCCGGCCUUAUCGACUCGCUCAUGAGCUACAUGAAGUCCUGUGUGGCAGAGCAAAACCCUGAUGACUCGUCCUUGGAGAACUGUGCAUGCAUCCUCCAUAACUUGUCCUACAAACUGGAGCAAGAGUCCCCCGUGAGUUUCAUCAACUACAACCCAAAUAGAGAUGCCCAACCUGAGAAAAGCCCCACAAUUGGAUGCUUCAGCCCUAAGAGCAGCAAGGCCCAAAAGACGUUCUCCUUUGACACUGUAGAUGCUAGCCCCCCAUCAGGUGUUAAGUGGUUGUCCCAUCCCAAAGCUAUAGACACCUACCUGUCCCUCCUGGAAUCGUCCGAGAACAAAGCCACUCUAGAGGCCUGCUGUGGUGCUCUGCAGAACCUCACUGCCAGCAAGGGAAACGGGUCAGAUGCUGUGAGCCAAAUUUUGGUUAGUAAGUCCAGAGAUCUGAGGCAAUUUGGACCUCUGCUGAAGCCAUCGAACCCGAAGCUUCAGAACACUGCGAAACUUACCAAGGGAAGCAGCGCAGCCUCGCUGCUGCUGUACAGCAUAUGGCAAGACAAGAAUUUGCAAAGCGCUGUGAAAAAGAUGGGGUUGACCAAAUCAGCCUUCAUCAACGACAACAUAACCCAUGUGGUGUCGCAGCUCGAAGGACAGUGAUCGGGCGGGAUCGGCAGCAGUAACCGUAAAAGAUAGAAACCGACGUGUUCAGACACUGCUGUUGCCACACCCUUUCAACGAGGACAACAAAAAAGAGAGAAAAAUGAUGCUUUUUAUUAAUACCAUCUGCAUAGAGCCUGACAAUUGCUGUUCAUUGAUUGAUGUACAUAUUAUAAAGGAAAGAGUGCUUUUGAUUUUACAAUUAAUCCUGUGGUCUGUGUGUUUGGAAAUGUUUGCCUGUUUCUACGUAGGUAGGCUGAGAGUGCUUUUAAGACGUGU